GUCCCUCCCGCAGGAAGUAGUUGUGUCAGUUCAGGAAUGAAGCGGCGGGGGCGGGGGGAGCGACAAGUUGCAGCGCGGGGCCUCGGGAAGGAGCGGAGCGGUUAUUCGAGUUGUUCCGCGGCGGGAGGAGGAGGAGGGACAUGGAGUAGAUGAUGGAGCUGCGGCCGAGCAGGUGGGGGCUCUGCGCCCUGUUGUUGCUGCUGGUGGGACACACGGGACGGUCCGAGGAAGUUUGCACUGGGACCGAUAUGAAACUGCUUCAUCCCUUCAGCCAGAGAAAUCACUAUGAGACUCUCUAUACGAUAUACCGGGGCUGCCAAGUCAUCCAAGGCAAUUUAGAGAUAACCUACCUAAAAGAGGACGAUGAUGUAUCCUUUCUGCAGAACAUUAAAGAAGUCCAGGGCUAUGUCCUAAUCGCUCAUAACCUAUUGAGUUACGUGCCCUUGGAGAAUUUACGGAUUAUCCGCGGCACGCAACUGUACCAAGAACGAUACGCGCUCGCCGUGUUGUCCAAUUCAGACCCCGGAGGGACGGCUGGCCUGCGAGAACUGCGCAUGAGGAAUCUAACGGAAAUCCUAAAGGGUGGAGUGAUCAUACAGAACAACACGCAGCUUUGUUUCCAGCAGACAGUUUUGUGGAAGGACAUCCUGAGCCAAAGCAACGGCCAGAGAAAUGAGGUGGUCUUAGGACCCAGCAACCGGCAGUGCCCGCCAUGCUCUCCUGCAUGUGGCUCUCUUCCCUCGGGCCGAUCUGGAUUGUGUUGGGGAGAAGCACAGGAGUACUGUCAGACCUUAACCAGCACUAUCUGUGACAGCGGGUGCCAGAGAUGUAAAGGGAAUCAUUCUACUCACUGCUGCCAUGAUCAAUGUGCCGCUGGCUGUACUGGACCCAAGAACUCAGACUGCCUGGCCUGCCUUCACUUUAACCAUAGUGGGGUGUGUGGGUCGCACUGCCCCCCUCUCAGAACCUACAAUCCAGAGACCUUCGAGUCUGUACACAACAAGGGUGGCCGGUACACGUUUGGGGCAAGCUGUGUCACUACUUGCCCGUAUAACUACCUUGCCACCGAGGUUGGCUCUUGCACACUAUUUUGCCCUCAAUAUAACCAGGAGGUGAUUGUGGAAGAUGUGCAGAAAUGUGAGAAAUGUGACAAGCAGUGCAGUAAAGUGUGUUAUGGACUUGGAAGAGACUUCUUGAGAACAGCACAAGCCAUCAAUGCUUCCAUCAUCCAGCAUUUCCAAGGCUGCACUAAGAUCUUUGGGAGCCUGGCAUUCCUUUCCGAGUCCUUCAAUCCAGAUCCCAACAAUCCCAGCUCGGUCCUCACAACACAGAGCCUUGAGGUGUUCAAGACCCUUGAAGAAAUCACAGGAUAUAUAUAUAUUGAGUCCUGGCCGGAAGAACUUAACAGUCUCAGCGUCUUUGAGAACCUGCGCGUGAUUCGUGGACGGAUGCUACAGAACGGGGCAUAUUCAUUAGUCCUGAGGAACCUUUCCAUCUCAUCCCUUGGCUUGCGCUCCUUGAUGGAAGUCAGCAGUGGGCUGGUGCUGAUAGAGGGGAACCCAAACAUGUGCUUCUUGGAUAGUGGCCCGUGGUCGGAUCUCUUCAGAACCCCAAGACAAACUAUACUGAAGACACUCAACAAACCCCAGGAAUUGUGCGACCAAGAAGGGCAGAAGUGCUUCAGUCGCUGUGCUGGCGAGCAAUGCUGGGGCCCUGGCCCUUCCCAGUGUGUUCGGUGUAACGGAUUCCUGAGAGGCCAUGACUGCAUUGAGUCUUGCAACAUCCAGGAUGGAAUCCCAAGAGAGCAUGUUAAUGGAAGUCAGUGUGUGCCUUGCCACUCUCAGUGCCACCCACAGAAUGGAUCUCUGACAUGUUCUGGCCCGGAAGCUUCUCAGUGUAUAGAGUGUGCCCAUUAUAUGGAUGGGGAAGACUGUGUUGAGCAUUGCCCUAGUGGAGUAAAGGGAAGUUCCUUUGUUCCCAUUUGGAAAUUCCCCGACAAGGAUAAGAUCUGCCAGCUAUGCCCCGUCAAUUGUUCCCACUUGUGCAAUCAGAUGGAUGAAAGGGGCUGCCCGAUUUUACCGGACAACAGCCAAGUGUACAUGGCAGCUUCAAUCGUCAUUAGCAUCUUAAUUGUGAUAACCAUAUCAACGGCCAUUGUGUUGUCGAUCCGGCGCCAAAAGCAGCUAAAGAAGAAGCACACCAUGCGUCGCCUUUUACAGGAAGAGCUCGUGGAACCCCUGACUCCGAGUGGGGCUGUCCCAAACCAAGCCCAGAUGAGGAUCCUUAAGGAGACAGAACUGAAGAAGAUGAUGAUCUUGGGAUCUGGGGCAUUUGGUACUGUAUACAAGGGCAUUUGGAUUCCAGAUGGUGAAAAUAUCAAAAUCCCAGUUGCCAUUAAAGUUUUGAGGGAGAACACGUCACCUAAAGCCAACAAAGAGAUCCUCGAUGAAGCAUAUGUGAUGGCAGGGGUGGGCAGCCCGUAUGUGUGUCGCCUGCUAGGGAUUUGCCUCACAUCCACCGUACAACUUGUCACCCAGCUCAUGCCGUACGGCUGCUUACUGGACUACGUGAGGGAGAACAAAGACCGCAUUGCUUCCAGAGAUCUCCUCAACUGGUGUGUGCAGAUUGCAAAGGGGAUGACAUACCUGGAGGAAGUGCGUUUGGUGCACAGAGACUUAGCAGCGCGGAACGUACUGGUCAAGAGUCCGUCGCAUGUGAAGAUCACAGACUUUGGCCUGGCCCGACUGUUAGAUGUGGACGAGACUGAGUACCACGCUGAUGGUGGAAAGGUCCCCAUCAAAUGGAUGGCGUUAGAGUCCAUUUUGCACAGAAGAUUCACCCACCAGAGUGAUGUGUGGAGCUAUGGUGUUACGGUUUGGGAGCUCAUGACUUUCGGUGCAAAACCCUAUGAUGGAAUCCCAGCCAGAGAAAUCCCAGACCUUUUGGAGAAAGGGGAGAGGCUCCCUCAGCCACCAGUCUGCACCAUAGAUGUUUAUAUGAUCAUGGUGAAGUGCUGGAUGAUAGACUCCGAGUGCCGACCCAAGUUUCGGGACCUUGUUAGUGAAUUGUCUCGUAUGGCGCGUGAUCCGUCACGGUUUGUGGUCAUCGAGAAUGAAGAGUUCAUGGCUCAGGCGAGCCCGCUGACCACCGAGUUUUACAGUUCUCUUCUUCAAGAGGUUGGGUUAGAUGACCUGGUGGAUGCAGAGGAAUAUCUGGUGCCCCACAGGGGAUUUUUCCCAUCAGAGGAUGUUACUGCAGAGCAUCGCAGUCGCAUUUCAUCAACGCAGAGUGCUACCGAGAUGCAGGCAGAUCAACCGUUUCUGCAGGAGGUUACUCCCAGCGGAGGUUCUCUGGCUCGAACCUUGUCGGAGAAGUCAGGGGGCAGCGGCUCGGAUGCAUUAAGUGAAGGGGACUAUGUGUUUGAACCGCCUAUCAACGGGGAGAGCAGCUCUCCACAUAGAUAUACGGACGACCCAAUGCACUUGGGAGAGGAUGAGACUGACAGUUGUUUCUUUGAAGCAGACUGUGUUUCCCCGAGCAUUCCCCUACACCCACUAGCUGAGUAUGUGAACCAUAAGGAGGGCGAAAGGAACCAUGCGCCUGUAAAAUCCCAGAGAACAUCUGUUUCUACCCUAGAGAGGCAGAAGUCCACACUGGAGAGGCAAAGGUCCACUUUGGAAAGGCAGAAGUCAACACCUCUAGAGAGGCAAAAGUCCACUUUGGAAAGGCAAAAGUCCACUCCUCUAGAGAGGCAAAAGUCCACCUUAGAGAGGCAGAAGGGUCGGCAGUGCAGGAAUGGUCUGAGGAGUCCCCCUGCCUUGUCUGCUCUGGACAAUCCGGACUAUUUGCCUCCACCAGGACUAAUCCUGCCCAACAGCUUUCCCCAAGCCUUUGACAAUCCCUAUUACUGGAAUCAUGAACUGAACCUUGCAAAGGCCGACGGGGAGCCUGCGCAGGAACAUAACGGAUUUACUACACCGACGGCUGAAAACCCGGAAUACUUGGGCCUGGAUGAAACCACGAAUAGACCACGGGACAUAACUGUGUAAAGGACGUGGAUAAAAGAGGGAACUUUUUACAUAAAUAUACCGGCAGCUUUUUCCAUAACAGAGCAUCAGGGAAAUAUUGAGAAAGGCAAAAGAGGCCAAAUUUUGGUCCAGAAUCUGCUACUCUGACAAGUGUCUCUAUAGGUUAACGGACCCCCUGCUAGAACUGCCCAUUGGUCCAUGGAAAGUUGACUUUUUAUGUUUUAUUUGUAAUCAUUUUAGCGAAUCAACGAUAUGAGGGUUCACAAAUGUAAAGGACAACAUUUCUUGCUCAAAUACAAUUCACAAAGGUACUUGCACCCGUGUACUACUCCUUCCCUCGUGCCAAUACCCCAAAGUCACGUGCAAAGUAGGGGCCCACAGAUCCAAGGGAGCCCCGAAAUGUGCCAACAUCACUCAUACUAACGGGAGCCAUACGUGACCAUUCUGGCAAGUUAUGGCACACAAUAUUUCAAGAUUACCAAGUCUGGGAAAAACACACACUACAUUGAGUCUAACUACGGAAUUUUGCACUUUGCACUGCCUUAGUAUAGGAGCCCAGUAGACUUCAAGAUGAAAUUGACUGUGGCUAAUCUCUAUCUCUGAACUACUAUUCCCAGCAUUCUCCAGCAGAGUGUCUCAGGGGUACAAUCACUAACGUUUUGUAUCUGCUGUGCAAAACCAACAUGGCAGCAAUCUUUCAGCAAUAAAGCUCUGGUAUAAUGAUGCUCCGAUGAUUCUACGAAGACCACGGUGUUGGGGACAAAACAAUGGCUGAACCAAUAACUGGCUGUAUAAUAAUUUAUAUAGGGGCCCAUAACAAUCCCUCUGUAAUGGAUAGCCUUAAGAACAUGGUGUGGUUGCUGUUAACUGGGGUGCAAACUGGAAUGAGUAACCUAUAAAUGACUCCGGCUUCCCGCAAUAGAAUUAACAUUGAUAUUAGACUUACACUUGCAUAGAUAGUGCCUCACCAUUUAGUCACGUGCUCACAAUGUACUAACAUUGGUGCUGCUAUACUGCUCCCCAGAGCACUUCUAUGCCCCUAGGGGUUCUCAUUGGGUUCCAGUGGUAUUCCUAAAUUGGCUUUCAGGACGGACUCACUUGGAGGAGGACAGACAGCCUUCAUUGAGUUGGAUAGGGCUGCCAUGCCUUCAAACACUUCUACUGACCAUUCGUUUUGCCUGGUUGCAUCUAAGUUAUGAAGCAUAUAUAUAUAUAAAUAUAUUCCAUGUAUUGCACAUUGAUACCGAGGCCUUUAGCAAUCACAACUCUUAUGUCACACAGGGGAGAGGAAACUCACACUCACACUCACACUCACACACUGGUACUGGAAGUGCAACACAUCUCACUGUAGCAUUCAGCUCCUAGUAAACAAUCCAUUGGUACUUAGUCAGGUGAGCUGACAAUCCAUUGUAGCUCCUCAGCUUUGGGAAAAAACACUUUGACUUUUCUCUCGACAGGUUUUUGUAUCAAAUGUGUAUAUUUUUUUGGAAUGUUUUUAUAAGCAAUUAUUUCCCGUGUACUGUUGUCGUUCCUCUCCCCCCCCUCCCCCUCCCGACUGUGCACUUUCUAAUUCCGAUCUCACGGUGGGUGACCCUGCAAGGAGCUCUAAUUGUGUUUAUACUUUAUUUUCAAGGUUAUUAAAACACUAAAACCAAA